GUUUUGUAUCUCGAGCCGAGCCAAAGCAUUGCAAAUGUUAUAAAAGAAAACAUUAAGUUGACAGUGUUUUUGCGGAAAUGACCAGGUACAACACUGAACAAGGAGCUAUGGACCAGCAAUUCUGUUUACGCUGGAACAAUCAUCCCACAAAUUUGACCGGGGUGCUGACCUCGCUGCUGCAGCGCGAGGCGCUCUGCGAUGUCACCCUCGCCUGUGAGGGUGAAACAGUCAAGGCACAUCAAACCAUACUGUCAGCCUGCAGUCCAUAUUUCGAGACGAUUUUCCUGCAGAAUCAGCAUCCACAUCCCAUCAUCUACUUGAAAGAUGUCCGAUACUCAGAGAUGCGCUCCCUGCUGGACUUCAUGUACAAGGGCGAGGUCAAUGUGGGUCAGAGUUCGCUGCCGAUGUUCCUGAAGACUGCCGAGAGUCUGCAGGUGCGCGGUCUCACAGACAACAACAAUCUGAAUUAUCGCUCCGAUUGCGACAAGCUGCGCGACUCGGCUGCCAGCUCGCCCACUGGGCGUGGCCCCAGCUAUGGCGGCAUGGGCGCCGAUAUACGCGACUCACGUGACUCCCUGCGCUCCCGCUGCGAACGCGACCUGCGCGACGAUCUGCAGCGCAGCAGCAGCAGCCUCAGCCUGAGCGAGCGCAGCUCUGCAGCUGCGGCGGCCGCUGCUGCUGCCGCUGCCGCUGUGGCAGCAGCCGGUGGCAAUGUGAAUGCAGCUGCCGCUGCUCUCGGCCUGACCACCAGCGCCGGCGAACGAUCUCCCAGCGUGGGCAGCGCCAGUGCCGCGGCGGCUGCCAUGGCCGCUGCCGUUGCGGCUGCUGCGAAUCGCAGCGCCAGCGCCGAUGCUCUCAACAGUCGCGGCGAUGCUGGCAGCGAUCGGGGCAGUGAACGGGGCACACUGGAGCGUGCCGAUAGUCGGGAUGAGCUGUUGCAGCUGGACUACAGUACCAAGGAUAAUAAUAAUACUAAUAACAGUAGCAAUAACAACAGCAACAACAACAACAACAACAACAAUUGCAGCAGUAGCAGCACCAACAACAACAAUAACAACAACAACAACAGCAGCAGCAACAACAACAAUCGAGAGCGCAACGAGAGCAGAGACAGAGAACGGGACAGAGAGCUGUCCACCACGCCCGUCGAUCAGCUGUGUAACAGUAAGCGCAGACGUAAGAACUCAUCAUCCAACUGUGAUAAUUCGUUGUCCUCGAGCCAUCAUGCGAAUGCGGCCCACAUACAGGACAGACACUACGCGCAGGACUCUCAGGCCACCAAUUUCAAGUCGAGUCCGGUGCCAAAGACGGGCGGCAGCACCUCCGAGUCGGAGGAUGCGGGCGGCGGCGGCGGCAGCGGCAGCGGCAGCGGCUGUCGGCGCGAUUCACCGCUCUCGAUGACCGUUGGCCAUUUGGGCGGCGGCAAUGUGGGCGCGGCCAGUGCGCUAAGCGGCCUCAGCCAGUCGCUAAGUAUUAAGCAGGAGCUCAUGGAUGCACAGCAACAGCAGCAACAACAUCGCGAGCAUCACGUCGGCCUGCCACCCGAAUACUUGCCGAGCGCUGCUCUCAAAAUGCACGCCGAGGACAUGUCCACGCUGUUAACCCAGCAGCUGCAGGCCGCCGAUGCGCGGGAGGAGCACAACGAUGCCAAACAGAUGCCACUCGAUCAGACGGACAACAUUGACGGCUCGAAGGCCUGGCACAUGCGGCUCACCUUCGAGCGCCUCUCCGGCGGCUGCAACCUGCAUCGCUGCAAGCUGUGCGGCAAGGUCGUGACGCACAUACGCAACCACUACCACGUCCACUUCCCCGGCAGAUUCGAGUGCCCGCUGUGCCGCGCCACCUACACGCGCAGCGACAAUCUGCGGACCCAUUGCAAGUUCAAGCAUCCGAUGUACAAUCCGGACACGCGCAAGUUCGACAACCUGAUGUCCGCCUCGGCGACGGCGGUGGGCGGUGGUGCGGCGACGCCUACGGCCACACAGCUGGCGGCCGCAUCGCAGGCGGCAAUGGCAGCGGCGGCAGCAGCAGCAUUUUCCGCGGCGCAGCAACAACAGCAACAUCAGCAGCAGCAGCAACUGCAACAGCAACAACAACAGCCGCAACAGACAGUUGUUAAGGCAGCGUCAGCGCCAAUGAACAAUGUGGAUCACUACAACAACACAACAAACAGCAGCAAUGAUUGCGCCGCUGAUCGGCAACCGUCGCUGCCAACGCAACCGCAGCAGCCGCGUCCGGCGACGCCAACGUCCGAGAAUAAUCCAUUGUGGUGGCGGGAGAAUCUGAAUUUGGACAAGUCCAAGCUGGUGCUGAUAGGCUUCAGCAAGGGCUGCGUCGUGCUCAAUCAAUUCAUCUAUGAGUUUCAUUAUCUGAAAACGUUGACGCCCGAUGACAGCAGCAUGUGCCGGCUGCUCUCGCGCAUAACAGACAUGUAUUGGCUGGACGGCGGGCAUGGCGGCCAGAAGAACACAUGGAUCACAUCACGCAGCCUGCUAGAGACGCUAACGCGAAUGGGCAUGAACAUACAUGUGCACCUCACACCUUACCAGGUGCAGGACGAUCGGCGGCCCUGGAUACGCAAGGAGGAGAAGCUGUUCACCGAGAUGCUGCGGCGUUUGAAUGCGCCCAUUACGCGACACUUGCACUACGAUAACCAGCCGGCGAAUCUGAUGACGCAUUUUGAGGUUCUGCAGGCAUUCUGUCAGCACGUCCAUUCACUCAACCAGCAGCAGUUGCAGCAGCAGCCCGGCCACGAGCAGGCAAUUGCGGCCACAAACAAUGGCUCGAGCGGUGCUAGCAACAAUCUGCUGGAUGCCAGUGAUGAGGCAAAGUGACAGCUUCAAUUGCAUCCACACCACCAUAGGCGGCGCUUAUAUGCGAUGCGCAAGGGCGCCGCCGCUGCUAAGCGAUUGCAGCUGCAGCAGCUAAG